UUCCCCGGCUACCAGGCGCAUGAUCACGUGGGCCGAUCGCGGCGCAGCCGGCGCGGGAAGCCGCGCGAGAGCGAGCGCUGGGGUGCGUGAGCCGGCGCUGCUGCGUGCCCAUCGCGGCGCGGGAGCCUGCCCCUCCCGCACGGAGGAGCCGGCCCGCCGCCGCGGCGGCAUCUGGAACCGCAAUGGACGCUGCCAACCACAGUCUUGUCCUCCUACAGCAACUGAACAUGCAGCGAGAAUUUGGCUUUCUGUGUGAUUGCACAGUUGCUAUUGGAGAUGUUUACUUCAAAGCCCACAGAGCAGUGCUUGCUGCUUUUUCUAACUAUUUCAAGAUGAUAUUUAUUCACCAAACAAGUGAAUGCAUAAAAAUACAACCAACUGACAUCCAGCCCGACAUAUUCAGCUAUCUGUUGCACAUUAUGUACACAGGGAAAGGGCCAAAACAGAUUGUGGAUCAUAGUCGCUUGGAGGAAGGGAUUCGAUUUCUUCAUGCCGACUACCUUUCUCAUAUUGCCACUGAGAUGAAUCAAGUGUUCUCCCCAGAGACUGCGCAGUCCUCAAAUCUAUAUGGUAUUCAGAUCUCAACAACCCAAAAAGCAGCUGUCAAACAAGGGCUCGAGGUCAAAGAAACUCCUUCCAGUAACAAUGGAAACAGAGCUGCGCCCCAGAGCGACCACCGCCAGCUGCAGCUCUCGCUUGCCAUUGGGCUGGAUGAUGGCACUGCAGACCAGCAGAGGGCCCAUCCUGCGGCCCAGGCCUUGGAGGAACACCCGAAGCCCCCAGUGUCGAUCAAACAGGAGAGAUGUGACGCAGAAUCCGUGAUCUCCCAGAGUCACACCUCACCCUCGUCAGAGGUGACUGGCCCCAAUGUCACCGAAAACAGUAUCAAAAUACACUUAUGCCAUUACUGUGGGGAACGUUUUGAUUCCCGUAAUAACCUAAGACAACACCUCCAUACACAUGUCUCUGGAUCCCUCCCAUUUGGUGUCCCAGCCUCCAUUCUGGAAAGUAAUGACCUUGGUGAAGUACAUCCACUCAGUGAAAGUAACGAGGCCCUCGAAUGCCCUCGAAGGCUCAGCUCCUUCAUAGUCAAGGAGAAUGAACAGCAGCCUGACCACUCAACCCGGGGCACCACAGAGCCUUUGCAGAUCAGUCAAGUGUCUUUAAUCUCCAAAGACACAGAGCCAGUGGAAUUAAACUGCAAUUUCUCUUUUUCAAGGAAAAGAAAAAUCAGCUGUACCAUCUGUGGUCAUAAAUUUCUCCGCAAGAGUCAAUUGCUGGAGCACAUGUAUACACACAAAGGUAAAUCUUACAGAUAUAACCGAUGCCAAAGGUUUGGUAAUACGUUGGCCCAGCGAUAUCAGCCGUAUUGUGACAGCUGGUCUGCUAUUCCCCUGAAAAGUUCUCGCUUGUCGCAAGAACACUUAGAUUCAUCUUGUGCCUUAGAGGCAGAGCUCACACAAGAAAAUGUGGACACUAUCCUGGUUGAAUAGCAGCUUCAGAAUUUCUAUACCAAUUCUGAAAAAGAAAGUCCACUAGUAUAUUUUUAUUCAUAAAUUAUUUUCCU